AUGAACAAUGAAUAUUACAUUGCCAACGAUCCCGAGUUAGCUAAAGAUAGAUCGCGCUGCCGAUCCUUAUUAGACCAAUUUAACGCUAUCCCACCUCAAAGUGCAGACCGUCAUCCUAUCGCUGAGGAAUUAUUCGGUUCCUGGCACCGCGAUAAUUUUGUCAAUAUCACCUUUCAAUGUGAUUACGGUUCCAAUAUCUUUUUCGGUAAAGGCGUCGAAAUGAACUACAAUUGCGUCUUUUUGGAUUGUGGCAAGAUUCGUAUCGGUAACAACGUCUUCAUCGGUCCCGCCGUACAAAUCUACGCCGUCAACCAUCCUCUCGACCCUACCGAAAGAAUCACUGGCAAGGAAAUCGGCUUGGACGUUACCAUAGGUGAUGCCGUCUGGUUGGGCGGCGGCGUCAUUGUCUGUCCUGGCGUUACCAUCGGUGCCGGCGCUGUCAUUGGCGCUGGAGCCGUUGUCACCAAAGAUAUUCCUCCAAACUCGGUCGCUGUGGGUAAUCCUGCAAAGGUCAUUAAAACCAUUACUCCAUCUUGA